GUGACGCCUACUCAUGCUUUUAUGACGUCAUCGUAUCCAAAUACUACUGACAAUAAGAUACAGACAACAGAGGCAAAUACAACUUUGCAUCCCACAGAACUGUCAUCAGUUACUUCACUUCUAUGGCAAAACGUUUCCACAACAGACGUACUAAGGACAGAAACGCCAAGUAAGCGACCUUCGCAUAUAUCUACAACACCUGGAAUAACUCAGUCACCAACGACACAUGGCUAUUCUUUCCACUGCCAAGUCAAAGAUAGUUUUGUACAUUUACACAAUUCACAUGCGCAAUUGUGUGUCCAUGUUGUACUUCGUCAUGCACCAUCGUCUUGGGAUGACGCACGAGCAGCAUGUAAAAGACAAGGAGCGGAUCUUGUUGUCCUAGACACUCAUGACAAAGCUCUUUUAAUGAGGAAAGAACUUGCCAGUCAUCCUAGAUACCCAAUUCACGAAUUUUAUUGGAUAGGAGCAAAGGAUUUCUCAAAACAUGACCAUUUCUCCUGGGUAAACGGUCGCCAUUGGAAUAAAACAGCAGCCGAUUGGAGUGGAAGUCAGCCAGACCAUAUCAAACAUGGUCAUGACCAAGACUGUGUCUGCAUGUUUAGAGAUGCUGUACCAACUUUCAAAUGGCACGAUAAAAGUUGCAAUGUUGAAGGAAGUUAUAUCUGUGAACGAAAAUAAAUAUUACAAAAUAUCUGUUACGUAACAAAAAACAUGUGUUCCUUGUUCU